CGGUCUUUGCUCCUUUUCUUCCAACUUUCGAUUACAGGGUUGGUUUCACCUGUUAGAAUCUGAAACACAUGAAACCUAACGUAAAACCACCCCUUUUGGAGAUCAAUUGCAAUCAACAUCCCAGAGAAACAUGGAUAAAAAGUGUACAAUUAGGUCUGAAUCAAGUAGCCUCUUUAUCAGACCAGUCAAGGGCAAGCUCUUCCUUACCCGCAGUCGAGACCUUUUCAGCAGCCGGGCACAUCUCCUGAUGCACCAGUGCAGACUGAUCCGAUGGCUCAACUGCGGGAUCUGGUGGGUUCUCUAGCUAGUUCAAGUGCGACAAAAUUUAACAACAUCGAGCAAUUCAUGGAUAAAGCCUUAACUAAGUUCAUGGAGCUUGAAGUUGGCCAGAGGAACACACAGGCUGUUAUGAGGGAUAUCCAAACCCAGCUUGAAGGUGUGGCUCAAGCUGUUAUGCAGAGGGAACCAGGCACUUUACCGGGUCAUACCAUUCCUUAUCCAAAGGACCCGAAAGCCCACUCCCAUGCUGUCACUACAAGGAGCGACAAAGUGACUGCAGACCCACCUGUCUAGGCCAUACAGGAGGGAGAGAGACAUGCUUCAACACUUCCAGCAGAAGAGGAAGAAAAGGAAAAGGAAAAGGAAAAGGAAAAGGAAAAGGAAAAGGAAAAGGGAAUUGAGGUGCAUGUUCCCGAGACACAAACAGUGGUGAAGGAGUAUGUUCCUCAGCAUCCUUUCCUUACUCGAUUACACAAAGACCGAAUGGAGACUGAAGCAGGUGAAGAUCAAUAUGCCUUUUGUUGAGGGCAAUGCAGUCAAAAUCGGGAUUUUGAUCGUAAAAUCGGGAUUUUGAUCAUAAAAUUGUAGGAAUUUAGGAUUUUACUUAGAGAUUCCGAUCCUUAAAAUCGGGAUUAAAAUCGUAAAAUUGUA